CUCACUCCCAGGGGCUUCCCCCGCAGCCCUCGCCCCCCACGCCCCGCUUCCUGCCUCUUUUGGGGGCAAAGGAGACCCCCGCCGCCCCCCAGUCGCGGCCUCCCACCGACAGGGGGCGCCCUGGGCAAGCAACCGGGGUUUGCCUCACCGGAUGAGCAGGGCUUCCGACGGCGUGUGCCGGGAAAGAGGAAGGCAGCGCCGGGGACCCUUUUUCCUUUGCUUCCCCAGAGUGUGCCUACCUCGCGGGGCUGUCGUUUGCGGAGAUGUUUGCGGAGUGCGAGUGGGACGAGGAGCAGGGGCCCGGAAAGGGAGCCCAGCAGAGGAGCCCCAAGAGGAGCCCCAAAGGACCCCCCAGAGGGAACACCCCCGCACCCCGACAUCUCCUCCUGGCCACCCUGCGCCGCCUGGAGGGCUUAGGACCCCCACCAGGGGAAGCCCCUGGGACCCCCUCAUCCAGUGACCGGGAGGAGGAGUUGGAGGAGGAAGGAGGUGCAGGGGGCCUCAAGGACCCGGAAGAUGAGCCGUCACGGCGGGUAAAGAAGCGACGGAGGACACGGCGGCUGCAGGGACAAAAAGAGAAGAAGGAGCAGCUUCUUCAUCCUCCUGGGGAUGAUGAAAAUGUGCCGUUGGCCCACAGCAGUCUGUAUUUCUGCCCAAGCAAAGCAGCGACAGCAUCACCAUUGAUGGCUGAAAAGAAGGAUGGCACUGCCAAGCCCAGUGCUGACUCCAAGAACCCCAGGACUGAGGAGGGAGCUGCCAAGGAAAGUCCAGGGCAGCCUAUGUUGACCAGGAAGCAGUGGAGGAACCGCCAGAAGAACAAGCGGCGGCAGAAGAACAAAUUCAAAGCCCCGGGGGAACAGCGGAGUGACCCCGGGGGGGAGCCAGGGGACCACUCCCAGCCCCCUGUUGCAGAGGAGCCCCCCAGCAGCCCAGAAGAAGGAGAGACGGUUCUUUCAGAGUCCAUUGCGGGCCGGGCAGCAUCCCUGCGGCUGCGCAUGGCGGAGCGCCUGGAGGCCGCACGCUUCCGCUACCUCAAUGAGCAACUCUACACCCUGCCCAGCCGGGAUGCGGUGCAGCUUUUUCAGCAGGACCCAGAGGCUUUUGCCAUCUACCACCGGGGCUUUGCCCGGCAGAUGGCUCGCUGGCCUGAAAAGCCCGUCCAGCGCCUUGUGCGCUACCUGCGCAACAGACCAGCUUCCCUGGUGGUGGCCGACUUUGGGUGUGGCGACUGCACACUGGCACGCAACCUCCGGAAUAGGGUGCAUUGCUUUGACCUCGUGGCCCUGGACCCACGCGUCACCGUCUGUGACAUGGCACAGGUCCCCCUGGAAGGUGAAUCGGUGGAUGUGGCUGUCUUCUGCUUGGCGCUCAUGGGAACAAACGUGCAAGAGGUCCUGGCAGAGGCCAGCCGGGUGCUACGGAUGGGAGGGACGCUUCUGGUGGCGGAAGUGGCCAGCCGCUUCCCGGACAUCCGGGCCUUUGUGGGGGCCUUGGCCCGCCUCGGCUUCGCCCUGCGCUCCAAGGACCUCUCCGGCAGCCACUUCUACACCUUCGAGUUCGCCAAAGUGGGGCCGCUUCCGGCCAAGACGAAACCACUUCCUGGUCUGGCGCUCCGCCCCUGCCUCUACAAGCGGAGAUGACGUCGGUGGGCGGGAGUUAUCCGUUCGUGACCAAUAAAAGCUUUCGGCGGA